CCUUCUACAGAUUCUUUCUUUCUGUUCCGCUAGUGACAGAGGCCAAGCAAGAAUUAAUAACCUACCCUCAGCCUCAGAAAACAUCCAUACCAGCACCAUUGGAAAAACAGCCCAACCAGCCCCUAAGAGCAACUGAUAAGGAACCUGAACCCAGGAAGAGGGAAGAAGGACAAGAGUCACGCUUAGGACAUCAAAAGAGAGAAGCAGAAAGGUAUCUGCCUCCUUCUCGAAGGGAAGGGCCAACUUUCCGAAGAGACCGAGAGAAGGAGUCAUGGUCUGGAGAGACACGCCAGGACGGAGAAAGCAAAACCAUCAUGCUAAAGCGUAUCUAUCGUUCUACACCACCUGAGGUGAUAGUAGAAGUGCUGGAGCCCUAUGUCCGCCUUACUACUGCCAACGUCCGUAUCAUCAAGAACAGAACAGGCCCUAUGGGACAUACCUAUGGCUUUAUUGACCUCGACUCCCAUGCGGAAGCUCUUCGUGUGGUGAAGAUCUUACAGAACCUUGAUCCACCAUUUAGCAUUGAUGGGAAGAUGGUAGCUGUAAACCUGGCCACUGGAAAACGAAGAAAUGAUACUGGGGACCAUUCUGACCACAUGCAUUACUAUCAGGGUAAAAAAUAUUUCCGAGAUAGGAGGGGAGGUGGCAGAAAUUCAGACUGGUCUUCAGAUACAAAUCGACAAGGGCAACAGUCAUCAUCUGACUGCUACAUAUAUGAUUCUGCUACUGGCUACUAUUAUGACCCCUUGGCAGGAACUUACUACGACCCCAAUACCCAGCAAGAAGUCUAUGUGCCCCAGGAUCCUGGAUUACUUGAGGAAGAAGAGAUCAAGGAAAAAAAACCCACCAGUCAAGGAAAGUCAAGUAGCAAAAAGGAAAUGUCUAAAAGAGAUGGCAAAGAGAAAAAAGACAGAGGAGUGACGAGGUUUCAGGAAAAUGCCAGUGAAGGGAAGGCCCCUGCAGAAGACGUCUUUAAGAAGCCCCUGCCUCCUACUGUGAAGAAGGAAGAGAGUCCCCCUCCACCUAAAAUGGUAAACCCACUGAUCGGCCUCUUGGGUGAAUAUGGAGGAGACAGUGACUAUGAGGAGGAAGAAGAGGAAGAACAGACCCCUCCCCCACAGCCCCGCAUAGCACAGCCUCAGAAGCGCGAAGAGCUCACCAAGAAGGAGAAUGAAGAAGACAAACUCACUGACUGGAAUAAACUGGCUUGUCUGCUCUGCAGAAGGCAGUUUCCCAAUAAAGAAGUUCUGAUCAAACACCAGCAGCUGUCAGACCUGCACAAGCAAAACCUGGAAAUCCACCGGAAGAUAAAACAGUCUGAGCAGGAGCUAGCCUAUCUGGAAAGGAGAGAACGAGAGGUAAACUUUGGUGACCUGUUACUCCCUUGAGUCUCAGCUCUUUUUGCUUUCUAAUACAGACUUCAUAGGCUAUGCUGAUCCCUCCUUAU